AGUCUUCUUGUGGAAAACCUUAGCUCGAGACGAUUAGUUGGUUCUGUUACUCUUCCAUCCUCCACCUGCCCUGCCAAAGCCAAGAGAAAUGGAGGUGGCGAACAGAGUGAUAUCGGCGGCGAUGAAAGCCGCCAACAACAACACGGUCAUAAACGUUUUCCUGGUCGGAUCCUUCGUCGCUCUCGGUGUGCGAUCAAGCUACCAGCAACGGCAACUUGAUGCUCUGGAGGCAGAAAAAGCGUCGCUGGUCAGUUCCAAUAAAUCCAUGAAGAAAUCCAUGUGGGACUGGAAGCAGCAGCUCUUCGCUGAAGCCUCUGCUGGAUCUUCUUCCAUCCCUCUCGCCAGACUCCAGGCCAUUUACGGCUACUCGCCCGCGCCUCAACCAACUGUUACGGAAGUGAUGGCUCCGGGCCAAUAG